UCUUGAGAGGGAAAUCUUCAGAUCAAGCGUUUUUCCCACUUUCUUGUGAAAAUGGAGGCAGCAAUGGGAUUGAUGAGAAGGAUGCCUCCAAAACACACAGAGACGGCUCUCUCCGCCCUCCUCAGCCUCUUGCCACACCACUCCUCCGAUCUGCUCUCUCAAGUUGAUCAGCCUCUUCAGGUUGUAUGUGAUGUGGACAAUGGGAAAGAAUUCAUUUUGUGCGAGUACAACAGAGAUGCCGACUCUUACAGAUCACCUUGGUCAAAUAAGUACCAUCCUCCUUUGGAAGACGGGAUGUACCCAUCGUCUGAAUUGAGAACACUAGAAGUUGAGGCAAAUGAAGUAUUCACAGUAUAUCGUGACCAAUAUUAUGAAGGCGGUAUCUCAUCAGUCUAUUUGUGGGAGGAGGAUGACAACGAAGGCUUCGUAGCUUGCUUCUUGAUUAAAAAAGAUGGAUCAAAAUAUGGACAUGGUAGACGAGGUUAUCUCCAUGAGGGUGGGUGGGAUGCUAUACAUGUUAUCCAGGUUGGGCCAGAAGAGGAAGGAAUGGCUCAUUACUGUCUAACAAGUACUAUAAUGCUGUCAUUGACUACAAAUAGUGAGACAUCCGGCACGUUUAGUUUGUCAGGAUCAAUUAGGAGACAGAUGAAAGCAGACCUCUCUGUUGAAGAGGGUCAUCUGUGCAAUAUGGGAAAGAUGAUAGAAGAAUUGGAGGGAAAACUGAGGAAUCAACUUGACCAGGUGUACUUUGGGAAAACAAAGGAGAUGGUAUGCACUUUGCGUCCUCCUCCUGAACUGCUGCUGCCAGAGACCAGAAAUCCAUAAAUUCAACUUGUUUCUUCUAUUGGUGUGUGAAUGUGUAAUUUUGGAUCUUUAGUCGAAUCUCUUGGAUUUUUGUGCUUACAACUUACUGAAUGACAGAAAUGCAAGUGUUUCUUCA